CGUUUAGUUCUCCACUCCAGCGAUCAGAGAAGAGCCUUUCUUCCACCUCUUCCUCGUCUGGUGAGUUUUGUCACUCUGUGAGUGGGCACCGUGGCAGUGAGACUGACAGAAAUUAGUGUAGCACAAGUGAUUGUCAUACUGCCACAGCUAUAGUUGUGGUCCUCAGAGUCAGGAGAAUUUUGCCCACCCACUACUGGAUCAACAUGUUGCGACGGAAACCAUCCAACGCGUCUGAAAAGGAACAGGCUCAGGUGCAAAAGAAGAAGCUGUCUCUGCAAAGAUCCAGCAGCUUCAAAGACUUCAUGAAGCCAAAGCCAUCAUCUCCUGUAGUGAGCCCUGAGGCUACCUUGGAUGAAACACAUUUGGAGGGUGCUCCACCUGAGGAUUCAGGGAAAAGUAACGGAAAACUUGGAAAGAGAUGGAGAAAUGUCAUAUCUCGCACAAUGACUCGUAAAACGUCCAAGAUGGUACAGAAAGCCCUUGCAGAGGAGGGGAAUGAGAGUGGGGAGGACGGCUCCAUGUCUCCGAUGUCUCCAAGCGACUGGAUUCCAGAUCUCACUGCUGGGAACAGAAUAUCUGUGUGCUCCAACAGUUCAGAGGACAUAAUACACAGCCCUCUCUCACGCCAGCUCUCUGGAUGUUCUGACAGACAGAGUCUGGACAGUGGCUUCAGCCAGAGAGACAGUAUGAGACUGGAGGACAGCACCUACACAGGGCCCUUCUGCGGCAGAGCCCUUGUCCACACUGACUUCACCCCCAGUCCAUAUGACAUGGAAUCUCUCAAACUACAGAAAGGAGACAUUAUCCAGAUCAUUGAGAAGCCACCAGUAGGCACCUGGACUGGUAAACUUAAUAACAAAGUGGGCUCCUUUAAAUUCAUCUACGUCACAAUACUACCAGAAGAGGACACGCCACCAAAGAGGAAGCGAUGCCACAGUCACGGACGCCAGAAACCCAAACCAAAAACCUUGGAGGAAGUUCUGGAGAGAAUAGGCCUUACUGAGCUGGGAUCUCUUCUGUCCAUGCAUGGCUUCCAGAGUUUGGAGGACUUCACCGGCCUGAAGGAGUCUCACCUGAACGAGCUGAACAUCACAGACCCUGAGCAACGAGUAAAGAUAUUGAAAGCAGCAGAACUGCUUCAUGACUCGGAGGAUGAAUCCGAUAACGAGGAGCAAAAGACUGAAAUGCCGCGGGACUCGGGUUGUUACGAGAGCACGGAGAACCUGACAAACGGAGGUGAGGAGCCCCAGGUGGAAUCCCAACCGGAGCCAGAAACAGAUUCGGACACAGAAACAAAGCUCAAUGCCGUUCAGGAACAACUGGAGGAGAUGAAGGUGGAGGAUAGUCCUGAGAAUCAAACAGAGUGAAGCCACCUGAAUGUUCUUUUGAUUUGCUUCUUUAAAACUCUUUUAACCUCUCUGUGAUGGAUCGAGAGUGUCAUAACCACAUGCUGGAUUAUAUUCCAUGAAGAAAACUAUUUCAUAUGCACAGCCUAUACAGAAGCCAAUAGGUCUUCUUAGAAGAUGGCAUAAAGGUCUCGAAGGUACUAUCAUCUAUGGACAUCUUUUUCUCUUUGACUUUAUUGCUCAGAAAGUCUGAACCACAAUAUAUAUCUUCAAAACCUUCAAAAGGCUUUGAAAUCUAACUGAAACAAAGUUUUUUGAGGAAUUUUGAAAAACUGACUUCGCACAAAGCAAUAUUCCAUGGAUUAAAUCCAAGGCUAUGUUCUUACAUAAAUUGAUUAACAUGAUGGUAACCCAAAUACUGAUUUUAUACAUUAAAUACAAGGUUAAAUAUUUAAGCCAUCUUUUCUGGUAAAUUGACCCCUGGUCUCACAGACAAGGCUUAAGCUAGUCCUAGACUAAAAUGCAUGUUUGAGCUGUUUUAACGGAAAUCCACUUGUACUGACAUGUCUUAAAAUAUGUCAGAGCCAUCGUUUCGUCUCAAGAUGCACACCAGUAAUGUUUUUUUUUAAGUGUACGUUUAUAAAAAUACUUAAAAUAUCCUAAUUGACUAAGGCCUAAUCCUUGUUUAGGCUAAGCCCGGUCUGUGAAACCGGGCCUACAUGUAUUAUGUUUGAUCUAACUGUGAUUCUCUAAUAUCUGAGAAGUUUCAUCAUCAUCAUACCUUUAGCUAUGAAGUAGCAUUUUAUAUACUACUAUUUUUCCGUUUCUGUCGUAAUGAAUGUACGCAAGUAAUACGCAACAAGUGCACUCGAAAAUGUUUUUUUUUGCUAGGCAUGAAAGAGGAAAAGCACAUUGUUCAUGUACAUGCAUAUUAUUCUUUUGCUUCUAUAGUCAAUGAUUUUGGUUCCUGUUUGUGGUGAUGUUUGUUACGAUAUGGCUAUUUUUGUUUUCAAACCUGUUAUUGUUGAUUUAAUACUUGUAUUUCUUUUUUGCCAUUCCAUUUGUCUUUAUAUCGAUGUCUGUACCUUCAGGGUUUUCUUUAACAAAAAAAAAAAAAAUUUUGAAACUACACCACAAAGAAAUUGUAAUAAUACCAUAUAAUUUAAUGAACAUACAUAUACACACAAAUUCAUAAAGUAGAAAGUGAAUAGUAUGAGGAUAUACAUGAUCACAGUGUUAUUACCAAGCAAACUGAACAUAACCCAAUUUGUGAUGACAUACAAUGUGUACAUUAUGCAUUGUAUCCAAAUAUCUAGAGCAGACCAUAAUUUGCUAAUAUUCCAAACUUACACGUUACACUGACUUGGCAUUAAAGAUUUCGAUUUUGUUGUGCCUCGUUUAGUAAAUUAGCAUAUAAUUAUGACAUGUUUGAUGAUAAAAAAUAAGUUGUGGGCUUGAUUCAGCGCAACUUUAAGCACAUUUCCAUAUACUCAGUAAUACCUUCAGCCUAGCAAAUGAAUAUUCACAUCUUCCAUACACAGUAACAGUGUAAUUAAACAUCUGAUAGAAGCACAUUCUGUUAGUUAUGUAGGACUAAAUUUCCAGCAAUAAUGAACUUUUACCCUCAACACAUUUUUUAACACCAGUAGAGGUACUAACGAUCUAAAAACUAAUUGCAUCUCACAAACAUUCCAGCUCACACACUCCUAAAUGCUUUAAGAUGGCACUGAACUGGCAACCAUUUUAAGCUGGCUUUUCCAAAUGACUCCUUUAUUCACUUCUAAACAAUACUGCCCAUGUUUCCUUCUCUGAAAUAAAUAGCUGGUUAUGAUGAGAAACAAAAAA